GUUGUGGUUGAGACCACCCUCUGGAUGGCUGUUCCUGGGAGGGAUGGAGGGAAGUUUUCAAGACGCCAUUGUGACGUCAGGACAGCCCCUCUUUCUUCCCCGCCGACCGCAACAACCGCAACACAUGAACAUCAGCGGAAUCGUUCUGAUAUUUUGUAACUUUGUUACUUCAAACGCCCGAUUCCUGAAAGUGUCUUCUGACAUGCGAUCGUGAGAGCUCCAGCAUCCUGCAAGAGUUUGUCAACAUGUCUGUCCAAUUCUGCAUAUUCCUCAUCCUCCAAUAAUGAACAGCACUAAGAAUGGGACAACGGUGGCAAACACCACUAACGGUCCGGAUGAUGAUGGAGCUGUGGCGCUGGAGGCUGUCUCUAUCAUCAUCAUAGCCAUACUGGCAUGUCUGGGGAAUCUGGUUAUUGUGGUGACGCUGUAUAAGAAACCCUACUUAUUGACUCCCAGCAACAAGUUUGUCUUCAGCCUGACCUUGUCCAAUCUGUUGCUUUCUUUACUAACUUUGCCUUUUGUGGCGGUCAGCUCAGUGCGCAGAGAUUGGAUGUUUGGGGUGGUGUGGUGUAACUUUACAGCACUCCUUCAUCUCCUCGUCAGCUCAUCUAGCAUGCUGACACUAGGGGCCAUUGCUAUUGACAGGUACUAUGCUGUAUUGUUUCCCAUGAUCUACCCCAUGAAAAUUACUGGAAACCGAGCCGGCCUUGCCAUUGUUUACGUGUGGCUUCACUCUUUGGUCGGAUGUCUGCCGCCCCUCUUCGGUUGGUCUACUUUCGAAUUCGACCGCUUCAAAUGGACCUGCACGGCAGCAUGGCACAAAGAGAUCAGCUACACUGCCUUCUGGGUUACGUGGUGCUGCCUUCUACCGCUGGCGGCAAUGCUGGUCUGCUACGGGGUCAUCUUCCGCGUGGCCCGCGUUAAAGCGCGCAAGGUUUACUGCGGUACCGUGGUGGUACCGCAGGAGGAGUCCGGGUCUCAGAAGAACGGCCGUAAGAACUCCAAUACCUCCACCUCGUCUAGCGGUAGCCGGAGGAGCCUGAUCUACUCGGGGAGCCAAUGCAAGGCCUUUGUCACCAUCCUGGUGGUGCUGGGAACAUUUCUGACCACAUGGGGUCCGUACGUGGUUGUGAUUAGUACUGAAGCACUGUGGGGUAAAGACAAUGUUUCACCACAGAUGGAGACACUGGUGUCUUGGCUGUCUUUCACCAGUGCCGUGUGUCAUCCACUUAUUUAUGGACUGUGGAACAAAACUGUACGAAAGGAGUUGCUGGGCAUGUGCUUCGGCGAUCGAUAUUACAGAGAGUCUUUCGUUAUACGACACAGGAACUCUCGUCUGUUUAGCAUCUCGAACCGGAUAACGGAUCUGGGGAUGUCUCCUCACCUGACGGCCAUGUUUGUUGGCGGUGGGCAGCUCCUGGCACGUGGCAGCAGCACGGGAGACACAGGCUUCAGCUAUACACAGGACUCAGCUACAGACGUCAUGCUGUUGGACAACUACACAUCAGAACCCUCCCACUCAACCCACUGUGCUGCCAGUAAGAGACGAAGUUCUGUCACAUUCGAAGACCAAGUGGAUCAAAUCCCUAAAGGUGAUCCAUCAACAGUCCAGGUAAACGCAGACAUCCACAAGUCUUUGGACAGCUUUGCCUCUUCUCUGGCCAAGGCUAUAGAGAACGAUGCUAAGAUUCAGCUGUUUGGGGAAUGGGCUGAAAUUCCCAUCAGUUUGUUUAGUGUCCGGAACACACAGAGAGGUCCACGUUACCUGGAUGGCCAGAGACUCAGGAUGGAAAGCAUCGAUGAAGGAAUAGUUAAAGAUGAUGACAAUGAGGAGGAGGAGGAAGAAAAGGAGCAUCAGGAAAAAAUAUGUGAUAGUUCCAUGUAGUUCCUUGAACUUGAAGGACAAGAUCAUUGUGUUAUCUGCAUCCUUAAAGGUACAGAACGUCAUUAAAAAUGUCAACAUGUUGGCAAGUGUUUACAAAUAAUUUGUACACAAUGUUGUUCAUGAGUAAUUUACAUAAAAGGUAAAGAGUGUUUUAGUAGCUGCUGCUAUUUGUCACGGUGAGGCCAAAGAUCUCCAGAUCUAGUGUGGAUGUCAGGAGGUUUGUUUUCUUUUUGUAAAAUUACAAAAGGUACUGUAUAAUGUACAUCUUGUAAGGUCCUCUUAUGUUAUGUAUCUUACCAUUCUUGAAAAUUGUAUCGUUUAGCUUUAUCCACUGUAACCACUUUGCUUUGUGUAAUAGUUACACAUUUGUUUGCAAGAAUGAUCCUAGUGAAAUGGAUUCCAUUCUUUAAAAAGGUUUCACAAAGUUUGAAGAAAACGAUAAAUAACAGUGUAACAUUUUGCUUCGUGGGUGUAUUCACACCCUCAGACCCUUAAUGGAAUAGUUCACCAAAAAAAAUGGAAAUUUCAUAAUUUGCUGACCCUCAUGUAAUCGUUUAGAAAUUUCAAAAGGGUGCAUACAUGAGUCUUUUUCAAUUUAUGCAAGAGUCAUAUAUAUAUAUAUUAUAUAUAUAUAUACACACACACAGUAUAUAUAUAAACAUGAGAAGGAUGCUGGACAUAACAAACCUUCGUGUCAAAAAUGGCAUAGUAUACCCUUAAAUUAAUUGUAUUAUGUUAUUGAUAUAUUUCAGUGGAAAAUCUGAACUCUUUUGUAUUUGUGAAAAAUGACAACACUAGUCCAAAUCUGCAGUGGUGAUUGAAGAGCAAGAACAAUAUUGAUGCUAUUUUUGCAGUUUCUAAAAAAUUAAAACAUUUUGGUACUAUUGAAUUUAAAUUUACUGAUUACACUACAUAAAAUCUUAACGUUGAAAGCAUGUUCAAGCAUAAUUUAGUGGCCUAUUCUACUAGUUUCCUGUGGAAUCUCUGGAAUGGUUGUUUAUGACCGUCAUUUAUAUUAUAUCAUAAUAAAUCAACUCUACAAGUAUUUGCCAAAGGUUGUAAAUUACAACACUGCCCGUUAUUUACAAGCCACAAGUAAUGUUGAUGUGACAUUAAAAUCUAUGAGU